AUGGCACUGUGCCCCGUUAAUAUUCCAAUAUAUCUUGUGUUAACACUUGUCACUAUAGGUGCUGUGAUAGCUGACGUUUCACACUUGAGUGAUGGUUACAAUUAUGAUAGACAUACAUUGAAUAUACCAGUCUCACUUGAACACAACCAUAUACAACACGAAGCACCAAUUCAAGAAUAUCUACCACCAGUACAAGAACACCAUCAUCAUCAUCAGCAUGAAGAGCAGCACCAGCAUCACCAUCAGCACUUUAGUACACCUGAAUCAGAAUCAGAGUUUCAGCCGUUAGUACAAGACUUUCAUGCACCAUCUAGUGAUUAUUUGCCACCAACCGAAGAAUAUCAUAUAUCAAGCAACGAAUAUGUACCACCAGCACAAGAAUAUCAUGCUCCAAGCAAUGAAUAUUUGCCACCAACACAAGAGUAUAGUGCACCUGGACCAAUAGAAGAUUAUCAUGCUCCUGCUGUUAUUUCACACCAACAUGAGCAUAUUCAUCAUAUACCAUCAGUUCCCAUUACCGAAUAUUUACCACCUUCACAUGAACUGCAUGCUCCAGUGUCCGCACCUUUACAUGACUAUAUUCCUCCUGUACACGAACAACAUCAUCACCAUCAUGAGCAUCAUGAACAUCAUGACUCUGCAGCUAUUCAAGAAUACAAUUCGCCAGAUGUUUAUACCGCUCCUGCCACACAAACUGGUGGCUAUCAUUAUAACAAUCCAUUCAAACGGCACCGCAGACGUAUCUAA